AUGAAUAAGGUGCAACUGUCUCGUUCCACCAAGGGAAUGGAUGAGAAGACCUUUUCCCAUGAGAUACCGCUUACUGGGAGAGAAGGAGAAAACACCAGUUCUGAAGCUGAAAACAUGACCGGAGGCACAGCACAUAACACCACUAUGCAGCAAGAGGGAUUUACAAGCUUUCAGAUCUUUGUAUUAUGCAUUUUCUUUGCUACCUUUGUAGUGGGUCUCAUUGGAAAUGGGCUUGUAAUAUUUCUGACAGGCUGCAGAAUGAAGACGACCGUCAACUCCAUUUGGUUUCUCAACUUAGCAAUUGCAGACUUCAUCUUCAUGUUGUCUUCAAUCAUAGAUCAUCUUUCAACUUUGGGCCAGUUGAGACUUUACUUCAUGAGUUACAUUGUCCAGAUAAUGUUAAAUCUAAAUCUGUAUGCUAGUAUUUUCUUUCUUGUAGUUAUCAGUCUGGACCGAUGCCUGUGCACAUGGAUGGUUGUCUGGGCUCUAAAUAAACGAACUACACUUAAAGCAAAGAUCAUCUGCAUAAUUGUGUGGGUUUCAUCCAUCGGCUGCAGCUUUCCGUCCUUUGUUUUUAGGUUUACUUUUACAUUUCUGUCAACAUAUGACUUUACAGUGGGCUUCCUCAUCCCCUUUCUGAUCAUUGCAUCUUCAUACACAGCUAUUGGAGUACGACUCAAACGCCUCAAAAGGGGAAAGCAUCUCAGGACGUAUCGAGUCAUUAUAACUGUAACUCUGGCUUUUUUCAUAUGUUGGUUUCCAUACCAUGCUAUAAAUCUUUGUAUAAUAACCGCAGAAGAAAAUAACUGGAGCUCCAGUGAUAGACAAGUAAUUGGGACAGCAAUGAUUGUCAGUUGCUUCCUGUUUCAUCUCAACAGCUGUCUGAACCCCAUUCUCUAUGUGUUCAUGUGUGAUGAGUAUAAGAAGAAGCUUAAACAGUCUCUGCUGCUGGUGCUGGAGACGGCUUUUGCUGAAGAUCAUCUGGACUUUAAGAAAUUAUUUUAUAUCAUUCAAAUUUGGUUUCCAAUCAAAAUUCUGACUCCGUGA